GGCUCCACAGCUAAUCCUUCUUUUGUCCCGCCUCCGGAGCCUGUAGAUUGGACGACCGAGUCCAAUUGAUUGACGCCUUCGCGGGACCAUGGACGAGCCAAUCAGGAGCUUGGCGUAUUUUACAAACCGGGGAAGUAGCUGCAAGCCGGAGCCGAGAGUGUUAGGGAAAAGGCGAAGAAAGUGGGGGCGACCCUGAGAGGUUCCGAGGAAGUUUUAGCAGUCAUGACAACUCUCCAAGCCAGGAAGGACCCCCCUCUCCGGGGUGUAUCUCCCACCCCUAGCAAGAUUCCAGUAAGGUCUCAGAGACGUCAGCCUUUCCCCACCGUCAAAUCGUGCGCCCCGGACCAGGAGAAUCAAGAUCCAAGGAUAUUGGUGCAGAAGCCACCGCCCAGUAUUCAACAUCCUCUCGUUGAUUCAGCAGGCCCCAGGCCUAAAACCACAUGCCAGACAGAAAAAUCCCAAAGAUCUGUGGGGGUAACUCAGCUCCGGAACCCCUUGGAGGAGCUCAGGCCCAGCCCUGGGAAACAAAAUGUGGGAUCUGGGCCCACUCCCCAGACAGAGGCUCCAGGGGCCAUAGAGUUUGUGGCUGACCCUGCAGCCCUGGCCACCAUCCUGUCAGGUGAGGGGGUGAAGGGCUGGCCGGUUGGGCGCCCACCCAGCCUGGCUCAGAGAGUACUGAUUCGAGGAGGGAGCCAGGGAGGCACCAUCCAGAGGGGCCAGAGUGCUCGGGCCUCUGCAUAUUUGGCCCCUAGGACUCCCAUCCACCGGCUGGAUCCUGCCAGGGCUUCCUGCUUCUCAAGGCUAGAGGGACCAGGACCUCGAGGUCAGACUUUGUGUCCCCAGAGGCUAGAGGCUCUGAUUCCACCAUCAGGCUCUUGCUUGCACCGCUCCACUCGUCCCAGGUUCCAGGAGCUAAGAAGAGAGGCGUCCCCCAGCCGGACUUCAGUGAGCCAGGCCUCUGGAUUGCUCCUGGAGACCCCAGUCCAGCCUGCUUCCUCUCUGCCCGAAGGAGAACAUGAGGUUGUCACUCAUUCAGAUGAAGGAAGAAGGGCCCUUCUUGGUCUGGCCCAGCGAGUUCCACUGAGAGAAACCCGAGAGAUGACACGUACCAGGGACAGCCGUGACUCCCACCUGAUGCCCUCCCCCGCCCCUGUGGCCGAGCCCGUGCCUGGUUGUGUGGCACCAUCUUCCAUCACCCAUCCAUCACCCUUCGGACGGGCUCAGCGUGUACCCUCCCCUGGCCUCCAGCCCCUGAACUCAUAUUCUGUGCUGCGACGUCUCGCCAAUCGAACCAAAACCCAGUUCACACCCAUCCCGUCGGCCCCAAGAGUCCAACAGGCCCGACGGUUGAGUGGCUUCUCUCCUCAGUCCUGCCCUGAAGAGCCUGCCCUGCCUUGGGAGCAGGUUGCGGUACGCUUGUUUGACCAGGAGGGUUGUAGAAGGUUACAGGAGGGGCCUGGGAAGCCACCUGUGGCAAGUGCUUCUGGACCCCACCCCAGCAGGGCACCCAACUUCCAGGAUCUGAAGAUACAGCGAAUCAGUAUCCUGCAGCAGCUGUUGCGACAGGAGGUGGAGGGGCUGGUAGGGGGCAAGUGCACCCCCCAUGAUGGAGGCCCUUCCCUGGAUAUGGCUGAGCUUCGGCCCCUGCUGACUGACAUUUCUCAAGCUCUGAGUGCCCCAGAGCAGCAUCCUGGCACGUCCCCCCUUCCUGGACUGUCACAGCACCCCGGGCUACCACAGCCCUGCCUUCCCACGACAUGUGGGGAACCACAGCCCUGCCCUCCAGUGGAGCUGGGUCCCCCAGAGGCCUGCUGGAGGGGUGAGCCUGAGACACCAGAGCCCACCCCACAGGAAGAGCCUGUCGGGCCAGAGUGCUGCCCCCCAGCAGAGCCUGGACCCCUUGAGGCCAGCCCCCAGAAGCAGGCUGGACCCCCAGAACCCAGCCCCAGGGUGGAGCUAGGGGCAUCAGAAACCUGCUCUCUGGAAGCUGGAAGUCCAGAGUCCAGCCCACGGCCCUGCUGCAGUCAGUGGGCACCGGCAACCUCCAGCAUGACCAUCUCUUCCCAGCACCCACCUUCUACCAGCCCCCCUCUCUGUUCCCUGCAGUCUGUGAGGCCCCUGACAGGACAGGCAGGCCCUAGCAGUCUGGCCCCUCGAACCCUGGCCCUGAGGCAGCGCCUCAAAGCAUGUCUGACAGCCAUCCACUGCUUCCAUGAGGCCCGUCUGGAUGACGAGUGUGCCUUCUACACCAGCCGAGCCCCUGCCUCUGGCCCCCGCAGGGUCUGUACCAACCCUGUGGCCACGUUACUGGAAUGGCAGGAUGCCCUGUGUUUUAUUCCAGUUGGUUCUGCUGCCCCUCAGGACUCUCCAGCCUGAGGCACCUGCCUCCCCCUGCUGCCUGCUCCGUCCUUGUCUUUUAGCCCUUAUUUAUUGUUGGCCUGCCCCAUGGGGCCAAGGCCUAUACUCUGUUGUCCUUUAAUAAAGUUUCUGGUG